CCGUCUCUGUCGCGGAUGUUUCUUAAUUCUCGUCCGUGUAUUUCCUUUGGGGUUGGUUGGUUGGUUGGUUGGUUGCUUGGAGCUCUUGGGAAUUGUGGCGGGAAGAUUCAGUCAGAUCUUGUUGGUUUUGUAGAUGGUGUCGUGCGUUUGGUGGGCGUUGACAUCGUGCUUGAAAGCUGUGCACUGACGCAAAUCUACUAACCUACUGGUGAAUAGAUCCAGUAGCUCAAGAUGGUGGAACAGCUUAGCGAGGACCAGAUUGCCGAGUUCAAGGAAGCUUUCAGUCUGUUCGAUAAGGAUGGCGACGGUUCCAUCACCACCAAGGAGCUCGGCACUGUCAUGAGGUCUUUGGGACAGAAUCCUACAGAAGCCGAGCUUCAGGAUAUGAUUAGUGAAGUCGAUGCCGACGGGAACGGUACAAUUGAUUUUGCUGAGUUCCUCAACCUUAUGGCUCGUAAGAUGAAAGACUCGGACUCUGAGGAAGAGUUGAAAGAGGCCUUCCGUGUGUUCGACAAGGACCAGAAUGGUUUUAUUUCAGCAGCUGAGCUCAGGCAUGUGAUGACAAACCUAGGGGAGAAGCUUACGGACGAUGAAGUUGACGAGAUGAUCCGUGAGGCUGAUGUGGAUGGAGAUGGUCAGAUCAACUAUGAGGAGUUCGUGAAGAUGAUGAUGGCCAAGUAAAUUGAUGGCUCCAGCAUCCCCCUACUUGUGCCUCGGGUAGAAUAGUAAUUGCUUGUGCUUUUCCUGCUAGACCGUUGGUAAGCUUGUAAUUGGACGAAGCUUUCCACAGCCAGCUUCCGUUCAAGGAUCCUGCUCCUUGCUUGGGAUGGAUCACAGUGAAGAAAAGGAGCAUCCUGACAUCCUCUUUGAUGGCAGGAUUCCUACAUAUUGUUGACAAAGCUCUGAUCCUGCCACGCUUAUCGCACUGGGAAUGUGUGGUAGAUGAGUACUGAAGACUGGAUUUGGGUGUGUGGGUUUGUUUUGAGGAGGUUUGCCUCGUCGGAUACAAGCUUCAAACCGUCAGCUGCAGUGCAAAGCCCUUGUCAUCACUUUUUCAUAUGUGGGUUUUUGGCAGCCAUGCCUUCGUCUACCUUUAGUUUGACUCUGUGAUCAUACAAACUACUUUAUAAACUGGGAGCUACGUUUUUCUGUUCUUACA